AUGUCGACAAGGAAGCGGCCAUUUGAACAAGCGCCCCAAACAUCUCAAGUAUUCGCUCAGAAAAUCCAAUCAAAUCGUGGGAUCAGCACUGACGACGAGGAAAACGUUCACAGUCCAUUGGAGAAACGCUCUCGUACCCAAGCUCGUCCUCGUGUCUGCUUGAAAUGUCUUGCUGGUGAGGGUGGCCAUAUCACGCAUAUUCUACAAGAGAUGCCCAUU